AAUAUUAAUUUAUAAAUUUAUUUUCAGUUAAUGACAAAGAUAUUACAGAAUCUCAAAUCUGUUCACUGGAGUAAUGAAACUAGUGAUGGGCCUGCUAGAAUUCAGUUAAAAGAAAAUUGGAAUAAUCUUUUAGAAAUUAUAUCUUUUAUGGAGAAUAUUGGAAGUCAUAUUUUUAAAGAAUUAAAUCAGAAAGCUUAUUCAUUUGGACUGCAAACAUUUGAAGAAUUAAUGCCUGCAAGAAGUUAUUGGAAAAAAUCAAAAAUUGAUAACAAUGGAAGUACAUACAUUCAAGAAUGUGUGAAGAAUGUUUUAGAAAAUGGAAUAUCAACUUUAUCACAUUUACCAUGUAAAUAUCAGAUUAUUUCAGGAACAGCUAUCAUGGAAGGUUUUUCAAAAGCCUGGCUUGACUACAUCUGGAAUAAAAAAAUUAAAUUCAGUCAAUCUGGAGGAAUGCAGUUAUGUAAAGAUGUUGAUUAUGUUAUAAAUUGGUUGAAUCAGUUUUCAUUAAGUUCUGAAGUUAAACAGAAAAUAUUAACAGUUGACCAUAUUAGAAAAUUGACUGCAGUUUCUCGAAUUCUUGGUACUUCUCAUCCCAGAUUACGCCGGGUGAGUUUAUCAAGAAACAGAGUAUCUCCUAUUGUUACUAAUGUUCCUUCAAGAAAGAAAAAAGGAGAUAAUACACAACAGUUUAAUUGUGAUCCUGAUAUUGAAGACAAAGAGAUUGAAGAAUGGCAAAAUUUAGUAGUAGCAGAUCACUAUUUUCUUCCUUCUUGCUUUUGUUGUUUUAAUUGACUAUCAAUAACGAAGUAAGAAGAGUAAGAAAUCAUUUCACUAAAAUAGUUUAUCAUCAUAUGAUUUUAAUAUUUAUUUUUAUAUCAAGUUAUUAAUCAAUUAAAAAAUGCUGGAAUUUCUAGUCUGUUGUUACAUUUGUGAAAAAAAUGUGAUAUUUUUAUAUUAUUGACAUAUUUAUUCAGUACAAGAAAACAUCAAGAUACCAAACAUUUUAUUGUAAAUAUUGUUAUAAUUUUUAUAUGCUAGUGUUAUUUAAUUUAGUAAAAUAUGAAUUCUUCAAUAUUAUUAGUGCUAUUAUAUUUUAUUUAAAUAGAAGUACAGUAAUCAUUACCUUAUGUGAAUACUACUAUUCACAUAAGUUAACGAUCUAUUAAAAAUUAUUAUAUUAUUAUAUUCACUAUAAAACUAGCUUUACAUGAUAAAUAGAUUUCAUAUUAUAACAAAUUAAAGAAAUUUGCUAUUUAAAAUAAAAAGUGUAUAGUUUUCACAAUAAAUACUUGUUUCAAAAGUUUUAUCAAGCAAAAUGAAUGAAGCUUAAUCAAUCAUUGCACUUCUUCAUACUAAUAAUGUCUAAAUUUUAAUAUCUGCGGCUCAAUGCAAAGUUAAAAAACUAAACCACCAGCUGUAUUUAAAGAUGUAUAUCCUGAAGACUUGCCCUUCAGGAUAUACAUUUAUCUUACAAUUUGUGCCCUCAUUGUUUUAUUUAAUGAUUUUCUGUGCUUAGACAGAUGUAAAGAUUUAUCUGGCUAUUAUGGAUAUCAGAAGAAAGAGAGAAAAAUAUUUUAAUUUGUAUCUUGGAUUUUCAGGUGACAAUUUUUUAAAUAGUUUUGAUAUGAAGUUCAAAUAACUAGUUUUUUCUUUUUAUUCUUCACCCUAUGGGUACUAAGGGGGGCCCUGUGGGCACUCCAUACUCAUCAUAGAUUUAGCCAGUGCAGGUAAUCAGGUGAUGAGAAAUGAGGAAUCCAACACAGACCACCUAUGAAAGAUUCCUGGAUUCCUUGCCCAGAUUUCAUCCUGGAUACCAGGUGAGUCUGUAAGACACUAGCCAUACAGCUGGUGCCUCACCUGUACAGACUCACCUGGCCAUCUGGCCACCAAACCACUAUAUUAAAGGAUAUGUUUAUACCAUAUCCUUUAAUAUCAUGUUCUGUAGAAAUGUAUUCCAGUUUUUUUUUAAUUUGAAAUUAAUAGGAAUUGAAUUCUUACAUGUUUAAAAUAAUUAGGAAUUUUACAUGCAAUUCUCCUUUAAAAAUUACAGUAAGAAUGACAUCUGAAUGUUGAUAAAAGCAUUUUAAUCAAAAUUUAAUAAAAAUAAAAAAAUAAACUCUUGAUUUAUUUUUAACAAUUUGCUUCCAUUUGAUUUAUUUGGAAUAUAUAAUUACAAGCAAAUAUAGAUUGAAAGUUUUACAGUAGCAUCCAUCUACAAAAGCAAACAAAACGAAAGGAAAAAAUCCUGAGUAAUGCUGAAGAUAAUGUUAGCCCAAAAACUUGUUUACUUGUAAUUAUUUACUCCAAAUAAAACAAGUUAGAGUUAUUUUAAAAUAUAUUUAGAGUACAAUCUUAAAAAGAAUCUAAGCACUGUUAAUAAAUUACCUGAAGUGAAUAUUUCAAAAUAAUCUAACUUAUAAUUACUGUAAAUUAAAUUGUUUACACUAGUUUGAUGGAAAUAAAUUAAUAUAAACAAACAUCAAAUCUAAUCUGACAGAAAAAUUUCAUGAUUCAUUACAGCAAUAUCUAAUAAAUUGCAUCCCAUUGGAUCAUAACUUAUUUCCAUACAAAAACAACACUUGUAAGAAUUGUAUUCACCAAUUAGAACAGUAUUUCCGAAAUUAGUUGAUGAUCUCAUUUCUAGCUUUUCAAAAAAAUCAUAAAAAGCACAACUCUUACAAAAUAAUGUGAUUUAAAGUUGGGAAAUAUUGAUCUAAAAUUGAUCAAAGGCAAUGAAAAGAAGUUAUGCUUAUAUUUAAUUUUAUUUUGUUAUAUUUAUAAUUCCAUUUUAUAAAUUUUUGUAAAUUCAUAAUGAGAAAAAUCUUUGUAAAUUGUGAUAUUUAGACCCUCAUCAUUUAGGUUAUGAUUUACAUGAUCAUUUUAAUAUCAGUUAUAACAGUCAUGAUUGUAACAAAGAUAUGAUCCGUCCAAUAAAAUAUUACGAGUUAUAAUUUUAAGCAAAUACUGUGUUUAGAAAAGUAGAAUUAAUAUAAUAAAGUAAAUUAGAAUGGAAUAUUGUGGAAUCAACAAAGUUGAUUCCACAAUUUUCCAUUCUAAAUUGUACUUUCCGAACUAGAUUUGACAUUUUUUGAUAUUGGAAAACAUUUGAAAAUAAUCAAUUUUUAAAAAUUUUAGUAGUAAAUGAUAGAAUGUAUCUUUAAAAAGAAUUGUACUACAGUAGGACCUCGAAAACUCGGCUCUCGAUAACCCGGCACUCCGGAUAACUCGGCCACACCCUGG